AUGGAAGCGUGGCGGCAAUGUGCCCGCUGGCUGGUGGCCGCCCGCGUCCUGCCGGCAGGACACCGGGCGAGCAGCCCUGAAGGACAAGUGUGGGACCUGGCGCAGGCGUUGAGGGACGGGGUGUUGCUCUGCCACCUCCUCAACGCCCUCCUGCCCCGCGCCGUACCCCCCCGAGACAUCUGUCCUCGUCCCCAGAUGUCACAGUUCUUGUGCCUGAGGAACAUCCGCACCUUCCUGACUGCCUGCACCGACAAGUUUGGGCUCCCCAAGCACCGGCUCUUCGGCGCCUUCGACCUCUUUGACGUCCAGGAUUUCGGCAAGGUGAUUGACACCCUCUCAGCGCUCUCCUGGACCCCAAUUGCCCAGAGCAAAGGCUUCACGCCCUUCCCAACGGAGGAAUGCGUGGGGGAUGAGGACAUCUACAGUGGCCUCUCUGACCUCAUCGAUGACACAGCGGAGGAGGACGAUGACCUCUACGACUGCGUCGAGGCCGAAGGGGACGACGGCGAUGACAUCUACGAGGACCUCAUGAGGGUGGAGGUCCCACCGGCCACGAAGGUGGGGUUGGACCGGAGGCUCUGCUGCCUCCAGGAGCUGAGGCAGACGGAGGAGAGGUACACGGAGACCCUCGAGUCCAUCUGCCAGCACUUCCUGCGGCCGCUGCGGCACUUCCUGCAGCCGCAGGACCUGGAGAGCAUCUUCAUCAACAUCGAGGAGCUGCUGCAGCUGCACCGGCUCUUCCUGGUGGAGCUUCGAGGGGCGCUGGGGGGCACAGGGGGGGCGCGGGGGCUGCCCCCCCUUUUCCUCGCCUACAAGGAGAGGUUCCUGCUCUACGGCCGCUACUGCAGCCAGGUGGAAGCCGCCGCCCGGCGCCUUGACCAGCUCGCCACCAACACCGAUCUCCGUAUGAAGCUCCAGGAGUGCUCCCAACGAGCCAACAAUGGGCGCUUCUCCCUGAGGGACCUCCUGAUGGUGCCCAUGCAGCGGGUGCUCAAGUACCACCUCCUGCUCCAGGAGCUGGUGAAGUUGACCCCCGACCCGGCCGAGAGGGAGCGGCUGCGAUCGGCGCUGGACGCCAUGAGGGACCUGGCGCAGUGCGUGAAUGAGGUCAAAAGGGACAACGAGACCCUCAAGCAGCUCACGAGCAUCCAACUCUGCCUCCACAACAUGCCACAGUCCCUGGCGCAGUUCGGGCGCCCCAAGAUCGAUGGGGAGAUGAAGGUCUCCAGCACUGAGCGGCGCUCCAAGGUGGACAGGUACGGGUUCCUCCUGGACAAGGCCCUGAUCAUCUGCAAGCGUCGUGGGGACUCCUACGAGACCAAAGACGUCGUGGACCUGCAGAGCCACCAACUGCGAGAUGGUGACGUCGGCCCCCGUGAUGGCAAGAAGUGGACCCACACCUUCCUGCUCAUCGACACGGACGGGUUGACGGGCUACGAGCUCUUCUUCAAGACCCGUGAGCUGAAGAAGAAGUGGUUGGAGCAGUUCGAGAUGGCCCUAUCCAACAUCUUCCCUGAGCACGCCCUGGCUGAUGGACACGACUUCCAGAUGUUCUCCUUCGAGGACACCACAUCCUGCAGGGUCUGCCAGAUGUUGCUGAGGGGUACGUUCUACCAGGGCUACCGCUGCAGCCGGUGCCGAGUCCCGGCACACAAGGAGUGUCUGGGGCGGAUGGGGACCUGCGGCAAAACCGGAGCUGAUCCGGGCGGUGGCGCAAAGAAGAACAAGUCACAGCGUCCGGGCCCCGAGAAGAAACGAGACCUGGGGUUGCCCAAGAUGGAGGCGAACCAACCCUACGGCGGCGUCCCACCACCGCCAGGGUCUCUGGGUCCUGCCCUACGCCUCAGCCCCGGAGAUGUCGUGGAGGUCACCGUGGCCGAGGCUGAGCAGCUCUGGUGGCAGGGCAGGAACGUGGUCAACGGUGACCUGGGCUGGUUCCCUUGUGCCGCCGUGAGACCCUUCAUCUGCGUGCCACUGCCGGAUCUCUCUCUCUACCGCUGGUACGCCGGUCCCAUGGAACGUGGAGAAGCCGAGCAGCUCUUGAGUCACCGUUCCGACGGCGCCUUCUUGGUGCGACAACGGGUGAAGGACGCCGGCGAAUUCGCCAUCAGCAUCAAGUUCCACGGGGAGGUGAAGCACAUCAAGGUGAUGACGGCCGAGGGGCUCUACCGCGUCACCGAGAAGAAGGCGUUCAAGGGGCUGGUGGAGCUGGUGGAGUUCUACCAGCGCAACUCGCUCAAGGAUUGCUUCAAAGCACUCGAUACGGCGCUGAUGGUGCCCUUCAAGGAACCCGAGAGCCGAGUUGGUCCCCGGCCACCCGGAGCCGCGCGCAGCUUUGGGUCGGCCAAGGUCCGCUACGACUUCUGCGCCCGGGACCGGACGGAGCUGACGCUGCGGGAGGGGGACGUCAUCCGUGUCCUCAGCAAGAAGGGCCACCCCGGCUGGUGGAAAGGAGAGAUCUACGGGCGGGUUGGCUGGUUCCCCGCGAACUACGUGGAGGAAGAUUACUCAGAGUACUGCUGACCAUGAACCCCCAUCCCACCCACCACCUUGCGUCCCACCACCUGCAUCCCCUCCCUGAAGCCACCACGAACCCUUCCCAACCUUCUCUUCCUUAAUUUAUGCCUCUUC